AUGCAAUCUGUGGCAUCCAGUGCAGAGCGUGCUCCGCUACUGCCUCUGCAUGAACGUGAUGUUCAAUUCGCCGACACUCCAAAUCCACGCGAACUUUCGAAACAGUCUUAUGGAACGGCACCACCUCCAGUGGACGCUAGCGAGAAGCUGGGCACUUUCGAGGGCGUGUUUAUCCCCACAACUCUCAAUGUGCUCUCAAUUCUUAUGUUCUUGCGUUUUGGAUUCAUUAUUGGACAGGCUGGAUUCUUGGGAACUGUUCUCCUGCUUUUGAUCUCCUAUACAAUCAACAUUCUCACAACUCUGUCCGUUUCAGCCAUUGCGACAAAUGGUGUGGUGAGAGGUGGAGGUGCGUACUACAUGAUUUCCAGAUCACUAGGGCCUGAAUUCGGUGGUAGCAUUGGCGUGAUUUUCUACAUCGGUCAAGUUCUGAACGCUGGUCUCAAUGUUGUCGGUUUCUGCGUCCCCCUAAUCAAUAAUUUCGGAUCAAAGUCUGGAGCGAUCCUCAAAGUUCUUCCGGAAUCUUAUUGGUGGACGUUCACAUAUGAAACCAUUUUGUUGUUUUUCUGCACUUUUAUUUGCUUUGUUGGCCCUUCUUUGUUUGCUAGGUCCUCCAAGCUGUUGUUUGUGGUCCUGAUUGUAGCCACUGCCUCGAUUCCCAUCUCGGCCUUACUUGUGGGACCCUAUUUCAGUGAUACUUUCCAAGCUUGGUACACGGGACCAAGCUGGGAUACUUUCAAAGACAAUCUCAUGCCUCGCUUCACAAAAGGAGCCGCCGGCAGUGAGAUCAAGGGCCGAGAAAACUUCCAAGAUCUCUUUGGCAUUCUGUUCCCUGCCACUGCGGGUAUUUUCGCAGGGUCCAGUAUGUCUGGUGAUCUUAAGACACCGUCAAAAAGUAUCCCUAAAGGUACUUUGAACGGUAUUUGGCUCACUAUCGUUCUUUACCUAUCGGUCGUGCUCGCCAUCUCUGGUUGCGCAUCCAGAGACCUUCUUUACCAGGACAUUGAAAUUAUGCGUAAUAGCAAUAUCAGCCCAAUCCUUGUGAUUUUGGGUGAAUUUGCUACAACUCUUUUCUCUGCAUUGAUGGGUAUCAUCGGAGCGGCCAAGCUUUUGCAGGCAAUUUCGCGUGAUAACAUUCUACCUUUCAUCCAUAUUUUCAGCAAAGGUACCAUAACGAACGACAACCCGUUGCUGGCCAUUUUUGUCACUUACUUUUUGACCCAACUCACCAUCUUCUUGGAUAUCAACAAGAUCGCUAUCUUCAUCACCAUGGCAUUUUUGAUGACGUUUGUCGUGACGAAUCUCGCAUGCUUCUUGUUAGAUAUUUCAAGCGCACCUAAUUUCCGUCCGUCGUUCCGUUAUUUCAGCGCCACAACCGCUUUUGUUGGAAGUGUUUUGUCGGUGAUUACCAUGGGCAUUGCCGACGGCUGGGCAGCCAUGUUUAUGGUUGCACUUGGACUGGCACUUUUCUGCUUGAUUCAUUUUUAUUCGCCGCCAAAGCCUUGGGGUGAUGUCUCACAGACGCUGAUUUACCACCAGGUUCGCAAAUAUCUCUUGCGGCUCCGUGAUGAUCAUGUCAAAUAUUGGCGACCCCAGAUCCUGCUGCUGGUUGAUGACCCUCGUACUUCCUGGAGCUUGAUCAAGUUUUGCAACCACUUGAAGAAAGGUGGGCUUUUUGUCUUGGGUCAUGUUAUUGUCACGAAUGAUUUCAAGAAAGUUAUCCCAGAAAUUCGUGCUCAGAGAAUCGCUUGGACAAAGCUGAGGGACGCGUGUAAUAUCAAAGCAUUUGUACAGGUCAACGCAAGUGAAGACAUUGUUUGGGGUGUACGAAAUGUGUUUUUGGCCUCCGGACUAGGUGGUAUGCGUCCAAAUAUCACAGUCCUUGGAUUCUAUGACGAACGACCGCCCAUUAAUUCUCAAACCAACAGUUCGGAAGAGCUGCCCACCGACUCGUGCCGUAAAGAAAGCCACAUGGGAAUGAGUGCCUGGGUUAAUGUUAUUGAAGAUUUGUUAAUGCUGCGGACGAAUGUGGCCAUCGCUAAAGGUUUUUUGAACCUCGAUAUACCCACUACUACCCGUUUUCAUGAUGAUGGUCUCGCUGGAACCCUUGGCUACAUAGACCUUUACCCGAUUCAGAUGUCUGCGCAAAUUGUCGACGCAGAUGGUAGAGCCAGUGGGAUGUCUAUCAAUUUUGAUACCUAUACGAUGAUUCUACAACUCGGUGCCAUUCUACACACAGUUCCCGCCUGGCAUAAGACGCAAAAACUGCGAGUCAUUGCGUUUGUCGAGAAAAUUAACCAGGUUGCAAGUGAACGGGAACGUAUUGCUGAAUUGUUAGAGAAGCUUCGAAUUCCAGCGGAGACAGUGGUGUGCAGCCUCGAUCAAAAUAACUUGGCGUACAGUGUGAUUGUGCGCGGUGCACCUGAUUCUACUGGUGAAAUUGGAAAGGCUCUCAAAGGUUCUAGAUGGUGGGGAAAGUUAUGUGAAGUUAGAACUAAUCCACGCGAUAUUCGUUUCCACAGCACGCUCCAUCGGCGCCCAUCUGCUGGCCAGAGCCAGUUUAUAUCACCCGGUAAACCACUUGCGAGACGCUGGACCAUGUCUGAACUACAGCAGAUGGGUGUUUCACACUCCAUGCAGUCAACACAUUGGAGAAGACAGGACUUGAUGUCAUUCGACACUGACGAUGACAGUCAAGACACCUCUGAUUCAGAAUCUGAUACUGAAAACGAAAGACGCGAUAGUCAAGAACAGGAGGGAUCGAACGAAGAAGAAAUUCCAUCGUUUACUGAUAGGCCGCGCUUUGAUGUCGAUCGUCUUGACUCCAGUGCUGCUGUCACAGGCUCUGCUAUCGAAGGAACUCCUCCUCCUGAAGACGGACCGCGGAGCUCGAUUGUUCCCAAAGCCGGGAAAUUGAAACUGAACUUUGACGAACUGCCGGCGAAAGCACAGCACCUUAUCAUUAACUAUCUUAUGAGAUCCUAUUCAAAGGAUUCUACUGUCAUCUUUACUACCCUUCCUGCCCCAUCUAGCGGCACAGCACAGUCACAAGCAUCAGCAGCCAACUACAUUAGACUGCUUGAGCUACUCACCAACGAUCUCCCACCCACAGUACUGAUACAUUCUCAGUCUAUGACUGUCACGACCACACUUUAG